AUGUCCCAAUUAAACACAUCCAUUCCAACCACUAACGACGAAACUAACUCGGGUCAAAUGGCUGACAUUUCUCCAACUGAAAAUCAAGCGGAAACCAAUGUUUCUGACAACACUAUGUCCAUAACAAACCCACUCAAUGCAACAAGUAUGACCAAUACCAAUGCAAUUGAACAAACUCCACUAAGCGCGUCCAGCGCCGGAGAUAUCCAAAGUGCGACCAGCACCAAUGUAACCAACAGUGGUUCUCCAAGAGAUACCCAAAGUGCGACCAGCACCAAUACAACCAAUAAUGGUUCUCCAAGUUUAAACCAAAGUGCGACCAGCACCAAUGCAACCAAUAAUGGUUCUCCAAGUUUAAACCAAAGUGCGACCAGCACCAAUGCAACCAAUGGUGGUUCUCCAAGAACAACUGUCACCAACGGUAAUCUAAGUACUACGAGUACCAUUAACAAUGUUCCAAACUUGCCAAGUAUUUCAAGUACCAACAAGAAUGCUACUAGCAUUUCCAAUCACGGAACAAGUCCCAACCGCAAUGUGAGCACCAACUCCCAUAAUAAAGGACAUCAAUACCACCGAUCCGAAUCAGAAGAUUCUAAUUCCGAAUCCGAAGACGACUAUGAUGAUGAUAACAAUCAUCGUAGGAAAAGAUCGAAGAAGGAGAUUGGUAGAAUAGCUUUCCAAGAUCCAUCUGAUCCAGAAUCAUCCGACUCGGACACCUCUGAUCAGUCGGAUGAUGAAACUGUCAAAAUGCCAAUUGAUAAGAUUAAAUAUACACGUAACACCACUCCAAAGUCUGCAAGAUCCAAUAGACACCGAACUGUGGUAGAGUUCUCUAGUCAAGCUUUGAGAGAUGCAAGAGCAAGAAUCAGAGCUGUCUCCUUCAACGACAUGCUGUUGGCAUCAAACAAAGACUUGAUUGAAAGAGCUGCCCAAUUCUUGGUAUCGAACCCACUACUUGGCGACGAAGGAGCAUUCGAGGCAGCAGUCACCGAAAGAGUUGAUCUACUCGGAAUCCAAUCUCUGGUCUCUAGUCAUUUGAGAGACCAAGUCAAAAACUAUACUGCCAAGAUUCCAUUAUUCGUUCCAGAUAUGAGCGACACCCAAACAUUCAUAUCCCAAGUGGAGAACGUAGUACCAGAAGAUAGGUUACGAUGCGUCAUUGCUUUAAGCAAACUCUCAGAGGAAGCCAUCACUUCGGUUUCAUCAGCAGAAGAUGCAGAAAUCCUAAAACGUACAAUGAAAUGGAAGGAAUUUGCCUCUAUUCUAACCAAUACCUUCGGUACAAAACGAGAAUCCGAUGAAUACGUUACCGAUCUUAAGAAUUUGAGACUUGAACAAUUCGAAACCACUCACAAGUUCAUUAUCAAAUUCCGAGAGAUCUAUAGUAAAUCACGUCUUUCUCAAACUGACAUCGCCACACAGCUUUACAGUUUGCUUCCUAGCAACAUUAAAGCAGAUCCAGAAUUAACCAAGGCACAUCGUAAAAAGAACAUCAAUGCUUUGACCAAAAGAUUAAAUGAUUUAGGUCGAAAGCAACUCGACGAUAAACUUCGGUUAAAAAGGGAGGAGAAAGUGAUGCAUUUCACCACUCGAAAUCAUCACAAUACACCUAAUGUACAACCAAAUCUUUCCCAGAAAUGGUCACCAAACAAUACCAAUAAAAGAUCUCCACCACCAAGUGUCGGUCAAAAUAAAACCAAAUUCACCGUAAAGAAGUCCAAGAUUGGUACUUGCUCUAUCUGCAAUAAGGGUAACCAUCUUCCAAAUGAAUGUUUCUACGGGAAGUUUGGAAAAUUCCGAGAUAUCGAUCCAGCCACUGGCCAAAGAAAGCAAGCUAAUGCAUUCUUAUGUUCGAUGCCUGGAACCAUAAAUAACAUUUGUAGUAACAUUAACUUACUCUCAUUUGAUCUAUUACAGGAAAGUGACAUCAAGAAUCUAACCGAUGUCAACAUUACCUUAAAUGGGAUUAAUAAAGACAGUUCUACAUUAUCAAAACAAAUAAAUAAAAAUAUAACAAUCAAUAAUAAAGUAUUUAAAAUACCAUUUUUUAUAAUCAAUUCUAAAACAAACUUUAUUCUUUUGGGAACAGAGACGUUACAAAAUUUAAAUUUGAAAAUUGAUUUUAAAAAUAAAAUUAUAUCUUUACCUAACGCUGAUAAAGAAAACAAUAUUAAAGAACUAGCUAUCAAAUUCAACACUCUAAACGAUUCUAUUCAAACUAAUUUAAUUGAAACUAGAAAUUGUUUAAUUUCGCAAAGCGAGAGUGAUAAUGAUGAAUGUUGUGCUUUAGUAUAUUUAAAUGAUAUUAGUGUAGAUGAGAAUACAAAUAAAUCAAACACACACGAAAAGUUGGAUGAAAGUAAAAAUUCUAACCACACUUUUGAAUCAAAUCUUUCAAAGAAAAUAAAAAAUCUCAUUUUAAAUAAAUACCCUGAUGUGGUUAAACCUUUUGACAAAGAAUUACCCCCAUCUCGCGGAGAUUUUGAUUUUAAAAUAAAUUUGACGGUGGACCAACCCCCAAAACCGAAAAAUUAUCCAAUCCCACAUUCAUUUUUAGAUGAAUUGGAAAAACAGAUAAACACUUAUUUGGAAAAUGGUCAAAUCACCCCAUCUCAAUCCGCAUUUGCGGCACCCCUUUUAUUUAUUAAAAAGAAAGAUGGAGGUUGGAGACUCUGUGUAGACUACAGAUCUCUAAAUGGUAUAACUAUCAAAGAUACAUACCCAUUACCAAACAUCACUGAAGUUCUUAACAAUACAAGAGAUGGUGUUCUCUUCUCUAAAAUUGAUCUACUCCAAGGUUACCACCAGAUUAGAGUUCAUGAGAAUGAUCAAUCUAAGACAGCAUUUCGAACUUCAUUCGGUGUAUUCCAAUAUACUGUAUUACCAUUUGGACUCACAAACGCACCAGCGUGUUUUCAGAGACUCAUGGACAGUAUAUUCCAAAGACAUGUAAUUGCCAAAAAAUUACUUGUUUACCUCGAUGAUUUGUUAAUCAAAACAAACAUUGAUGAUGAAGACAAACACAUUCAAGAUGUUUUAGAAAUUGUUGAUUUAUUAAAUCAAAACAAAUUAAAAAUAAAACUAACUAAAUGUAUUUUUGGUCAAUACUCACUUGAAUAUCUCGGCCAUAUUAUUGGUCAUAAUAAAUUGAUUCCUAUAAAUGAUAAAAUCUUAGCAAUCAAAAAUUGGAAACAACCUAUCACAAAGAGAGAAUUGAGAGGAUUCUUAGGUUUGACAAACUACUACCGAAAGUUUAUCCCCAAACUCUCUGAAAUAGAAGCUCCAUUAAUUGAUAUAACUAGAAAGAAUAAAUUAUUUAAAUGGGAAGACAUACAUACAGAGACAUUCAAUUUGAUUAAAAACCAAAUAAGCGAUAGUAGUUUUCUUUUUAUACCUGAUUAUAAGUUAACAUUUCACAUCGAUUGUGACGCCUCCAAUGAUGGAAUAGGUCAUGUCAUUUAUCAAUACAAAGACAAUAUUGAACAAGAAGAUAACAAACAAAUUGUUCUUUAUGGAUCCAAGAAGUUUAACACAACCGAAAGGGAUUACCAUGUCUUUGAACAAGAGGUUAUGGCAAUCAAACAUGCUCUCGAAUCUAACUACCAUAUGCUAUUAGGUUAUAAGAUAGUUAUUCAUACCGAUCACCAAAAUAUACUUUUUAUAAAUAAUAAACUUAAUGACAAUACAAAACCUAAAUUAAUUAGGUGGUUACAAUACAUUUUUUCUUUUAACCCAACUCUUAUUUAUAAAAAAGGAUCUGAUAAUGUAAUUGCUGAUGGUUUAAGUCGUUACACUUACUCCACCACCAUUUCCAUUGAUGAUAAUGAUCUAAUUGCAAUGAUUGAAAAUGGAUAUAUUGAAGAAGAAACGCAAAUAAAGAAUAAAACAAUACAUCCUUCAAAAUAUUACAAAUCUAAAUCUGUGAAAACAGAAGGUAAACUUAAAUAUUUUGAAGAUAAAAUAGUAAUUCCUCAAGUUCGCUCUAUUAUUAAACGUAUUCUUUUCAUAUACCAUGAUUCAUUACUUGCAGGUCAUCAUGGAAUAGAACAAACUUUAGAAUUAAUAAGUAGACAUUUCAUUUGGGAAGGAAUAGCCAAAGAUGUCACUAAUUAUGUCAAAGCUUGUCAUACUUGUAACAAAGCAACUGAUGCUCGUGGACAAUCAAUUGGUAAACUUCAACCACUUAUUGUUCCAACUAAAUGUUUUGAAAGCAUCAGUAUGGAUUUUAUUCCAUUAAUUGAUACUGAAUACAAAGGUAUUAAAUAUAAUAAAGUCUGGGUAAUUGUUGAUCGUCUAUCAAAGAUGGUACGACUCAUACCAGUUCAUUCAACUUACACUUCUAAAGAUUUAGCUGAAAUCUUUAUGAAAGAAAUAUUCAAACAUCAUGGCAUGCCUGUUGAAAUUGUCUCUGAUAGAGAUUCAAAGUUUACUAGUAAAUUUUGGAAAGAUCUGAUGGAUAUAUUAAAUUGUGAAAUCAGAACUACCACUGCAGAAAAUCAACAGGCCAAUGGACAAGUGGAAAGUAUAAUCAGAUACUUAGGUAACUUGUUUCGUAAAGCUAUCAUUGCAACUUACAAUGAAGAAAACCAUGAUGAAUGGAUAACUUUAGUUGAUACAAUUGAAUUUUGUGUAAACAAUUCCAUCCAUCACGGAUGCGAAUACUCUCCUUUUAAAAUCUAUACAGGUGAAAAUCCAAUAACACCACUCUCUCUUAUUCAAUACAAAUUGAAAAUGAACUCAUCAAACGUUGAUAUCGAAAACAUGAUCAACUCAAAGAGAAAUCAACUCAAAAUUGUUAGAAAUUGGUUAUUCGAUAAUCAAUAUAACAUGAGAAUUCAAUAUAAUAAAAAUAAGAAAGAAAUGGAUAUUAAAGUAGGUGAUAGUGUUUAUCUAAGAAAGUUUAGAUCAAACCCUAAAAACAAAAUCAAAUUAGAAACAAGAUUUGAUGGUCCAUACGAAGUAACGAAUGUCAAUGGAUUAAAUGUCACAGUUGCCAACGUUGAAUCUGGUACAAAGAGAAAGAGAAUCAAUCCAUCUUUCACUAGACACGCUAAAUACUUCAAGAAACACAACUCUUUAGACGAUGAGGAUGAUGAUGAUAUCGAAUUUGGCGAAGUUGAAGAAGAAGAUGAAAUUGAAAUCGAUUCAAUUACUCAAAAUGAACAAAACAAUCAGAAUAACAACAACGACGACACAGAUGACACUGAAGCCAUGGACAUUGAUUCAGAAUUAGAUUUGGUAACAAACAACAAUUCAACUACAAACAACAACCCACCUAUCAAUACACCAGAUUCAAACACUUUAAUUUUGGAUAAUAUUCCAAACUCAACUACUACUCAUCCAAUCAUUCAUAAUACAUUGACAUUCCAAAAUGAAAGAGAAUUUUCAGAAUCUUCUGAAAUCACUAAUUUCCAGAGAAUAUCUGCCAAAGAAAUCAAAGAAGCAUUCGAAAAGAAGAAUAAGUUAACUGUCCUUGAAGAAUACAUCCAAUACCACAAUUCCUAUCCGAACCAUCCACCAACCAAACAAAGUGCCAAGAUACUCAUAGCUUUGAUCAACGCCAAUAUCAUUCGUAAAGAUACAAUGUUCGUCACAAGAAAGAGAACCUUCAAUCUCACCAACAAGAGAGAUGCCAAGACCGAAUACCUUUUCAAUAUAGGAGGAGUCCAAGGAUGGAUACUGGAUAACGAUGUUCACCAAUCAUAUAAGUCUUUAACCGGAGACUAUAGAAAUUGGUUGAAAACUAAUUCAAACUAA